GUGGAUGACAGUAUAUCUCAUUCUAGCGGACUGAUUUGAUAGUGAACCUCUUUAGAGGCUCCCCCUGUUAAACCCUGACGUUGCUGCUGUUUGCCUAUGCCGUUGUGUGUGUUUCCAAUCGCGUCAGAUCUAAAGGCUUUACCUCGCAUUUUUUAAACCGGAUACUGAAGGCGUGCCACCUACUAUGAAAGAGAGUGAGAUCCCUUGUCAUAUUUAAAACGUCGACGACCUGUAAGUUGGGCUCGUCCAAGAUCAUCGAACGACAGCUGAAAGAGUUGCGGAGGAAAAAUAACUGUUCAUCAGACAACAAAAGGCGCAGCUUUUGUCGACAUGGAAGAGCAAGCUCAAGUUGGACCCAAGUGUUUCAGCAUUUAUAUCCAUCACAGACAUCAAAAUGGAGAAACCCACCAAUAUACAGUGGAUAAGGCUGUGGGGGAAACCAUGCCUGGAGGUGAAGUAUGCCUAAGAAAAGGAGAUACACUCCUGGAGCUGAAUGGGAGAAAUCUUUCGUCUUUGCCUCCAGAAGAAUUUUUCAAUUCACUGUCUUUACAUCAAGGCUCCCUCUCUUUGACAAUAGCUCACCAUCAUGACAGAGAUGGAUUACAGCAAGGAGCAGUGUCUGAUGUGUUUAAAGUUGAGGAUGGCUCUGGCAACACAUGUGAAGAAACCACACUGAUCGUCAUGCUGCAAGAUGCCAAGAUUAAUAUGUUGUGUUCAGACAAUGACGACUCAUGCACCUCUAGCAUUAUGGACACAAAAUUUACAAACUCAUUAUAUUGGGAAUGCGCAAAAAUUGAGUUUAUCCAAUCCGCUGAGUACCUUGCAUGGACAAAUGAGGGACCACGUCUUAAAGAGACAGGAGAUGGAAUGGCAAUGCUGCAAAUGAGGGGAUUUAACCAAGACAAAUCUACUCAACUUGCUGCCCUGCAAUUUAGCAAUAAACUCUUCCUAAAAUGUGAAGGGGAAGCAACAGAUGGAGUGAUUUUGAAAGCUGAGGCAAAUCCAACGCUGCUGGGCAUCCAAACGGGAAAGUCCACGGACAUCAAAGCAGUCGAGGCAAACAAACCCUAUUUGUUUCACGCUAUCCGUAAGAAUCCCGAUACAUGGCACUUUCAGUCGGCUUCACACAGUGGCUAUUACAUUUGUGCAGAUGGGGAAAAAAUAGUAAUAGCCAGACAUGAAAAUGACAACAAGUACUUCAAAAUAGUCUUCAAUAAGAAAUGCAAGGAAAUGCUCAUAACUCACAAAGACACCAUGUUGCACUUUGUGUGACAGUCAUACUACGCACUGCUAUGCGAUAGGUGUACCUUCUUUUACUGUUUGGCUGUGUUUGGUUUGCAUCAGUUUUUUACAUUUAUUUUGUAAAGUUUGUAUUUUAUAUCUUGUAUUAAUCUUGUCUUGUCUUAUUGCCUGCUCUCUUUGCAACAAAAAAAAAAGCUCAUGUAUUUUAUUUUCCAUCAUUUCCUGGUGUUAUCAUGAAUACACAAAUCCAGCUAAAAAUAUUUUUAGACGUGAGGAAACAGAAAGUCACGGAUUACUGCUUGAAAGUUCGUAAACACUCUGAGCAACUUUAAGUAGAAAACAUAAAUGGAGAAAUAGCUUCAUUUACAUUAUGUUUAUAAGAUUUUCUAGAGGUACCAGUAAUUGAUUACAUGUAAAUCAUGUGAUUUUGGUCAAAAAUAAUAACUACUUGACGAGGGACUUUUUUUAAAGGUAGUUUCUCUUUUUUUGUGUGAGAUUAAGCUAAUUCACCAAAGAUGACCCUUUAUCACCUUUACUCAUCUUCAUCAGGGGUGUAAAUAAUUGUGGAAGGAACAGUUGUUGUUGUGUGAGGUAACUGUAUUAUGUUGCUAUAGCUUAAAAAAUGUAUUUGGUAAGUUCAACAGUAUUUCUUUAGUAAGGACAAAUACAAAAAGAUCAAUGCAAACUGUUUCCUUGAUUUUCCAAGUAUUAAUAACACAAUUCAUUGUACACAAAGUUAUUUGUACUUUUCAAGACAACACUUGAUCAGUAUGAAUCAAAAAUCAGUAUGAUGAACCAAUAGUAGGGUCAGAAACCUCAGUUCCGUGACUGUCACAGCCUCUGCUGCACGCUCCUCUGUUCCUGUUUCUGCUCUUGCUCCAGUCCGUUCACCCUCUCCUGUGUUUAGUAUUUCCCUCACACCUUAGUUUUCCCUCCAUGUUUGGUUCUCACCUGUAGCCAAUGUGUUAAUUGAAUUUAGUUCUCACCUGUAGCCAAUGUGUUAAUUUAAUUUAGUUCUCAC